AUGUCGGCUGAGGCCAUAAUAGCACUGUAUCACGAGGAACAGAAGCGAUUAAGAGAAGAACGCGCAGAGGCGCGAGAGGCUGCGAAGGAAGAUGAGGAGAAAGCCAAGGCAGCUGAGGAGAGAGCGAAAGCUGCGGACGAACAGGCGUAUAGAAACUUGAUGAUAGAAAAAGAGCCUACGGAAAAGAAAUUGCAGUUGCGCGCAUUUGAUGUGAUGUUCCGCCUGCCUGCAAAGAGGCCUAAAGUGAUUGGCUUCGUCGAGGACGUCGUUCGGCGAUACUCGGACGACGAGUUCCGCAGGCACUUCCGUCUGUCCCGAUCUGUAGCGGAGCAACUGAUUGCGAGAUUUGCUGCUUCGACGGCGUGCCCGUCUAGCAGCCACGGCGGAGUGCCCGCAAAAUCUGCAGAAACUCACGUGCUGACUUUCAUAUGGUAUGCAGCCAAUAAAACAAGCAUGAGGGCGGUGGCAAGCCGCUUUGAUCUGUCAGAGAGUUCUGUUAACAGAAUCCUGAUAAGGGUGGCUGACUUUCUCCUCACCAGGGGUCCAUCUGUUGUGACGUUUCCUUCCGACAUGGAAAAACUGUCGAGUGAAUUCCAGAAGGUGUCUGGAAUCCCUGGUGUUGUUGGGUGCCUUGACGGUUCCUAUAUCAAUAUACAAUGCCCAGACAACAAGGUCUCUUCCACCUACUGCAACCGGCACCAUUACCUUUCAAUAACCCUUGAAGCGGUUUGUGACCACAAAAGACGAUUUGUUGACACCUGCAUUGGAAGCUCCAGCAAAAUUCACGAUUCUCGAAUCUUCAAGCUAUCAUCACUUUCAAAGAAACUUCCCAAACUGUGCGAGGACAAUGCGUACCACCUGCUUGGAGACGCGGCCUAUCCCCUCAGGCCGUACCUUCUGACUCCAUUCAGAGACUAUAGAGCGUUGUCAAAGGCACACAUGGAUUUCAAGAAAAAGUUUUCAGCAACGAGGGUGCUAAUAGAAAACAGUUUUAGCAACCUAAAGAAAAGAUUCCGUCAACUAAUCUACCUUGAGCUCCGCACUGUAGAGUGGCUGAACAAAUUUAUUAUUGCUUGUUGCAUACUGCAUAACUUAUGCAUUGAGUGCGGAGAUUGGGAGCCAGAUGAACCAGAUGAUGAUGUAUCACCUCAAGAUGUCCAGUGGCAUCCACAGUCAUGCACCGAUGACCAGGAUGAGACUGCCGAAGAAACUUUGUUGCGCAGGCUGGGAGAAAUAAAAAGGAGCAAGGUACUGGAAGCAGUGCUGCAAAAGUAG